UAACAGCCCGGGUUCGAGCGCACGGAAGAAUGUUCCAAGAGACGCAGUACUAAAACAAACUAAACACCGAAACAACAGUGGGAAGGAAGCUGAAUACACCAAGUCUAAACCCUAGCGCCACCAUUACCAUUUGCCAUCACCUCCUGUAUUACCUCCACCCUUCUCCGCCGCAAAUCCACUUGCAAUGGCAUCUAUGAUGCAACCCCAGAUCAUACUGCUUAAAGAAGGUACAGACACUUCGCAAGGGAAACCGCAGUUGAUAAGCAACAUCAAUGCGUGUAUGGCGGUGGCUGAUGUCGUUCGUACAACCCUAGGUCCGAGAGGUAUGGAUAAGUUGAUCCACGAUGAUAAAGGUAACACCACUAUUUCUAACGACGGCGCCACCAUCAUGAAGCUUCUUGACAUCGUUCACCCCGCUGCUAAGAUCCUUGUUGAUAUAGCCAAGUCACAAGAUUCAGAGGUUGGUGAUGGAACCACUACAGUAGUUCUUCUUGCUGGUGAGUUCUUGAAGGAGGCAAAACCAUUCAUUGAAGAUGGGGUCCACCCUCAAAAUCUCAUAAGAAGUUAUCGAACAGCUUCCUUUAUGGCAAUUGAGAAGAUCAAGGAGUUAGCUGUAAGCAUAGAGGGAAAAAGUCUAGAUGAAAAGAGAAGCUUAUUAGCUAAAUGUGCUGCUACAACACUCUCUUCCAAAUUAAUAGGAGGAGAGAAGGACUUUUUUGCAAAAAUGGUGGUGGAUGCUGUUAUUGCAAUUGGAAAUGAAGAUAGGUUGAACAUGAUUGGAAUAAAAAAGGUGCAAGGUGGGACAAUGAGGGAUUCAUUUCUUGUGAAUGGUGUUGCAUUUAAGAAGACUUUUUCAUAUGCUGGAUUUGAACAACAACCGAAAAAGUUUUUGAAUCCAAAGAUACUUUUGUUGAACAUUGAACUGGAACUAAAAUCAGAAAAGGAGAAUGCUGAGAUAAGACUUUCAGAUCCAUUGCAAUAUCAGUCUAUAGUUGAUGCAGAAUGGAAUAUCAUUUAUGAUAAGUUGGAUAAAUGUGUCAAGAGUGGUGCCAAGAUUGUUCUUUCACGUCUUGCUAUUGGUGAUCUGGCUACACAGUAUUUUGCAGAUAGAGAUAUCUUCUGUGCUGGAAGAGUUGCUGAAGAUGAUCUGCACAGAGUUGCAGCUGCAACUGGAGCUACUGUACAGACAUCUGUUAACAAUGUUAUAGAUGAGGUUCUUGGAUCUUGUGAGAUUUUUGAGGAGAAACAAGUUGGAAGCGAACGAUUCAACAUAUUUAGUGGAUGUCCUUUAGGUCAGACAGCCACUAUUGUUCUUCGAGGUGGAGCUGAUCAGUUUAUUGAGGAAGCAGAACGGAGUUUACAUGAUGCAAUCAUGAUAGUAAGGCGGGCCAUGAAGAAUUCCACGGUGGUUGCUGGCGGUGGUGCAAUCGAUAUGGAGAUAAGCAGGUACCUGUGGCAACAUGCAAGGAAUAUAGCUGGAAAGUCCCAGCUAUUUAUAAAUGCUUAUGCUAAAGCACUUGAGGUUAUCCCACGUCAACUUUGUGAUAAUGCUGGAUUUGAUGCAACUGAUGUACUUAACAAGCUGAGGCAGAAACAUGCACUUGCUGCUGGUGAGGGUGCUCUUUAUGGAGUGGAUAUCAACACAGGUGGAAUUUCAGAUUCCUUUGCCAACUUUGUGUGGGAGCCAGCAGUCGUAAAGAUAAAUGCUAUAAAUGCUGCAACUGAGGCAGCAUGCCUUAUACUAAGUGUUGAUGAGACAGUGAAGAAUCCAAAGUCGGAGAGUGCACAAAGCGAUGCCGCUGGUAUGGGGAGAGGCCGUGGUGGCGGUGGCAUGCGUGGCGGACGUGGAAGAGGGAUGCGAAGACGUUAAAUGAAGUUGAAUCAUUUAUUAGGGAUACAAACAAGCUUGAGCUAAGGAAGAAGGGUAUGAAAGUAAUUUUGGGUUUUGACUGAAAAGACACUUUAAAACAUUUUCGAAUUUUGUUUGCUGUUUUUUUUUUGUCGGUGUAUUAAUUCUGUAUGGAUGGAACUUGUGUUUUGUAGCUGCUUGGGGUUGGGUUGAAUAGGAUUAUUUUUAAGUUCCGAGUAUCUUUUCUUUGCUUGCUUUAAAAAAGCGCGCAUGUUGCGACCGUUGCGAGGUUGUGUUGCGUUGUGAUGGCCUAAGCGCAACAGAGGUGUGGGGCGAAGCGACCUACAUGGUGUGAGGUGAUGCGUUCGCAUCUAAGUGCAUUGUCACAUCUCUGUGUUUGGCCUAUUUUACUUAAAAAUACUUAAAAUCUAAUAAAGCCCAUGCAAAUGCAAUUGUUAAAUUAUUGGCCAGCCCUACUUCUACCCUAGAGAAGUGUGUAUAAGAAUACUAACUGGCACAACACCUUGAUCACACGACAAACUUUUUCAUCUAUCUGUCAUUAUCGAUUAGUACGUUUUUAUCUUCCUUCCUCUUUCUUGAUCCUCCCUCUUAUUUAUUGAUCCAACGGUUAACAGUUAGCACUAAGUCACUAACAAUGCUCAACAUUCUCUUCUUCUCUUAACAUUCUUUUCUCUUAUAACAAUGAAUCAUUGGACCACAACAUAGAUCCUGCUAACAAUGAGUCAUUGUUUUCACUUUCCAUGUGGCAUGGAUAUUAGUUUUUGGUUUCAU